UCUUUUAAUAACUUUGUGAAAAUCCGAUUGCUGCCGACCUACACCAUUUGCCCAUCUCUAAUCGCAUCACGAAUCAGCUGUGCAAUAACAUCUUAAGUAGAUUAAGAAUUAGUAACAGUUGUUCGUUUUAGACGUGAUUUAAACAAAUGUCCCAAUUAUGUUAACGUUUAAACGUUAAAUGUAAAAUACUUUGUCAAGUCCAAGACCAUAAACGUAACAAUGUCGUGUUAUUAUCGUCAAUAUGAAGACACAACGGUGACAAUACCAAAAUAUUCAGUCGAAAGCUCAGCGGGAAUCACAUAUUAUGACAUCAAGGUUCGUGUGGCCAAUGUGGAUUGGUUUGUAGAGCGACGAUAUCGUGAUUUUGCUCAGCUACACGAUAAGUUGGUCGAGGACAUAUCGAUCAGCAAAAAAUUGUUGCCGCCAAAGAAGCUUGUGGGCAACAAGCAGCCUGCAUUUUUAGAGCAGCGACGCGAGCAACUAGAAACGUAUUUGCAAGAGCUACUCAUCUAUUUUCGAAACGAGCUACCGCGUCUGCUGGCUGAAUUCUUGGAUUUCAAUAAAUACGACAUUAUCUAUAUACUACAAGAUCUUGCCAAUUUGUUUCAGGAAAGUGGCGAUGCACUACUGAGUGCCAAAAAGGAGUACAGUUUUUCUGCCUUGGAGAUAUAUGCUAUUAGUGAACGUCUCGCUCUACCCUGUCCACCUAGCACUGAGCAAGGUGGCAAAUUUGACUUUUCGCACGUGCUGGACUUUAGCACGCAGUUAGAGGCGCUGGUCGUGACGCCCAUUAAGGAUAAUGCUAGCUUUGUCCAGGAUUACAAUACAGUGGACGUGCCGAUUGGACGCAGCAAUAUCAUUCCGAACCGCUUGAGCUUCAACUUGAAUGCAUUCCGCAAUCUCAAAACUCUCAAAUUUUCAGCGCUCUCUACUGAGAAUAUCGUGGACGUAGAGCUAUUGAAACCGACGUUGCAAACAAUCUGUGUACACAAUACCACAAUUACCCACAUUAACCAAGUGCUUCUUUGCGACAAUUUGCACAAGAACUGCGAUGUUCCCAGUCUUCUGCCGGACCCAAUUGCAUCCAAUAGCGAGAAUGUAUUGCUUAAUACAGAUGCGUGGAGUGAGCUGAGCGAGCUGGAUUUGACGGGCAAUCUGCUAACACAAAUCGAUGGCAGCGUGCGAACUGCGCCCAAACUUCGACGUCUUAUCCUCGAGCAAAAUCGCAUUCGCACCAUACAGAAUCUGGCAGAGCUACCACAUCUACAGUUGCUUUCGCUGUCGGGCAAUUUAAUAGCUGAUUGUAUUGACUGGCAUCUCUCCAUGGGCAAUCUUGUGACCUUGAAGUUGGCACAGAACAAACUCAAGUCGGUAAGUGGAUUGCGUAAGCUACUCUCCCUGGUCAAUCUGGACUUGAGCUGCAAUCUUAUCGAAGAAUUGGAUGAAGUUGACAAUGUUGCUAAUUUACCGCUCCUGGAAACGUUAUCACUCACUGGCAAUCCUCUGGCAGGCAGUGUCGACUAUCGCCCACGAGUUUUGGCGCGUUUCCAUGAACGCGCUGCUGAAAUUUCGCUGGACAACGAACCAGGCACACAACAAGAACUAGACACAGCUCUAGUGCUCUCAGCUCUGUUGAAAUCCAAACGACGACAGCAGCAAAAAUGACCAAGGAUCAAGAUCACAAAGUCAACCUUAAUAAUCGCACAGUUCCAAACAUGUAAAAAUCAAUCUCACCAACAUAAGUAUUUAGAAGAUGUCAAAUGGCUUAGUCAAAAAGCAAGUGUAUUAGAAGAUAAUCAGAAUUGUUACAGAUUUCAUUCAGCCAAAACUAUUUGAGGGUUUCGUAUAAACAAUAAACACAAGAAUGUCUAGGAAGCAGUAAAAUAAAAUCAUUUUGUGAA